GGCAGUUGCUAGAUGCGGUUUGAACGUCUGAACUUGCCAUGGCUGUCGGUCCUGAGGACACAGGAAAGUCUCCCUCUGGGGUCCAGACCCCUCCCUCCCACUCCUCGUCCCGGAACCCUGAUGGCACACACAAGUGUGCUCACUUAGGUAACCAACUCCCAGCCCAGCAGGUGCUGGACACGGGAGAACAUCUGAUGGUCCCCAUGGAGGUGCACCCCAAAGGGGCUCUGUGGAAGUUCCUGCUGUCGGGGGCCAUGGCCGGGGCGGUCUCCCGCACGUGCACUGCGCCUCUGGACCGAGUAAAGGUUUACAUGCAGGUAUACUCGUCCAGAAACAACCUCCUGAACCUGCUGGGAGGCCUGCGGAGCAUGAUCCAGGAGGGGGGCGUCCUCUCGAUGUGGCGGGGCAACGGUAUCAACGUGCUCAAGAUCGCGCCCGAGUACGCCAUCAAGUUCUCGGUCUUCGAGCAGUGCAAGCAUUAUUUCUGUGGGGAGCAGAGGGCGCCCCCCUUCCAGGAGCGGCUGCUGGUGGGCUCCCUGGCCGCGGCCAUCUCGCAGACACUCAUCAACCCCAUGGAGGUCCUCAAGACCAGGAUGACCCUGCGCCGGACCGGCCAGUACAUGGGGCUGCUGUACUGCACGCGGCAGAUCGUGAAGCGGGAGGGCGCCCGGGCCCUGUACCGCGGCUACCUGCCCAACAUGCUGGGGAUCAUGCCCCACGCUUGCACUGACCUCGCCGUGUACAAGGCACUACAGUACUUAUGGCUGAAAUCAGGCAGGGAUAUGGAGGACCCCAGCAGCCUGGUCAGUCUGUCCUCUGCGACACUGGCCACAACCUGUGGACAGGUGGCCAGUUACCCACUGACUUUGGUGCGCACGCGGAUGCAGGCCCAAGACAUGGUGGAAGGAGGAGCCAAGCUCACCAUGAGUGAAAUCUUUCGAAAGAUCCUGGCCGAGCAGGGUUGGCAGGGGCUGUAUCGAGGCGUGACUCCCACCUUAUUGAAGGUGUUGCCAGCGUGUGGCAUCAGCUAUACGGUGUACGAGGCAAUGAAAAAAACAUUGGGCGUAUAGGCCACGA